UGUACACGUCUUAGAUAAGGUUAUAGACUACGAAAAGAUUGGAGCAGAAACAAGGACGACUUGACUGGCGAUGGCUUGGAAUUUCUCCUGUGGGCAGUUUAACUUCUGGUACAAGCACAGAUAUGAAUUGUACGAGAUAGUAAUAUUCUCGCAGAUCGUAGACUUGUUUUUACUGCUUCCUACGAUCAUUUUCAACUCUGUUAUUCUGAUCAGCAUUUGGCGCAAAGGUUUGUUGCAUACGCCUUCAAAUGUGUUUUUAUUUAACCUUGCAAUCUCGGAUUUUGGUGUUGCUUUCUUGGCAGAACCUUUUAUACUUGCCUGGAAAUUCCAAGAGUUCUAUGGCAUGAAUAAUCGACUAACAUGUUCCUUGGCGUAUGCUGCUUGUAUCAUAUCAACUGCUUUUGCUACAAUAUCUUUCCUAACUAUUGCAGCUGCUACCGUUGACCGUUACCUUGCCCUGAAGUUGCAUCUAAGAUAUGUUUCAAUAGUGACGAGAUUUCGUGUCAUGGUUGUUUGUGCGUUGCUAUGGGKGAUAUCUGUUGGUACUGCACAUCUCCUUCUGAUCAGUCAGUCUGCUUUGAACUACGCAUUCACACCAGGCUCACUUCUAAUCAUUGGGGUUAUGGCUUUUUGUUACUUUAAAAUAUUCUUCAUCGUUCGAAAACACCAUACCCAGAUACAUAGUCAGAACAGCAAUAACAAAGAAGCAUCCUUGACUAAUAUCCUUCGCUUCAAAAAGUCUGUAAUUAAUCUGUUUUACGUUUUAAUUUUGUUUCUAGUAUUUUAUUCGCCUUACAUAAUUGUUCUCUACGUUUAUGAAUUUCGAGGCUUAUCAGUAUCUCUUCUUCAAGCCUGGAUUUUUUCAGUUGUGGCAGCAUUUAUAAAUUCUGCUAUUAAUCCUCUUGUUUACUGCUGGAGACUUCGAGACAUCCGCCAGGCUGUUAGGGAAACCAGUUCCUACAUUAAAACUAGAUAUUUCUGUUGUAAUAGAUAA